CGCAGCUCCAAAAGGGGCGGAGCCGACAGGGAUGGCUACGGGUGGUGGAAUCGAUUGCCGCGCAACUCGGUGCUACCUUGCCCAGGGCAUCGCAACGUCAACACCAGCACACCUCAGCAACGCCAGACAAGGGCACCGCAACCUUGGUCAAACAACCUAGCCGGUCACUCACGCCUUCCUCUCAAUUACCUAGUCCCUUUGGCAACCCAGCGGGGAAUCUCCCUCGUCAUAUCCACCUAAUUCGACCAUCCGUUCCCCCCUAGAACUCGUCGAGAACCCCAUCCUACAAGCCGACGACAUGGCCCCGCGCAUCGAGGCCCAGGAAAUCGAGACAUACUGGAACAUCUUCUCAACCAGGACAAAUGGCGGCAAGUUCCUGAACGGCGAGCAAGCGGCGCCGGUGCUCAAGAACAGCGGGCUGCGGGACGAUCAGCUGGAGCGGGUGUGGGACCUGGCCGACGUCGACAAUGACGGCAACCUCGACUUCGAAGAGUUCUGCGUCGCCAUGCGCGUCAUCUUCGACCUGCUAAACGGAGAAUACGCCGACGUACCAACGACGCUACCAGACUGGCUGGUCCCCGAGUCCAAGGCGCAUCUCGUGCAGGCGAACCGGGCGCUCACGGGCAAGGCGGUGCAGUUCGAGCAGGUCGAGGACGAAGAUGACUCGCCCGGCCUGAAGGACGGGUUCGACUGGUACAUGAGCCCAGCCGACAAGGCCAAGUACGAGCAGAUCUACCAAGAGAACCGGGACAUGCGGGGCGAGGUAGCAUUCUCCGCCCUGCAAGACCUCUACGAAUCCCUCGACGUGCCCGACACCGACAUCCGCUCAGCCUGGAACCUGAUCAACCCGUCAGCCGGCUCGUCCAUCAACAAAGACGCCUGCCUCGCCUUCCUGCACAUCCUCAACAACCGGCACGAAGGCUUCCGGAUCCCCCGCACCGUACCGGCCUCCCUGCGCGCCAGCUUCGAGCGCAACCAGAUCGACUACCAAGUCGACAGCGCGCGCAACAACAACAAUACCGCCGCGCAAUCUCGAUGGGCGACACGGGCGGACGACGAGACGAGCACGGGGCGCAAGGCCAAGUUCGGGGACCAGUACCUGACGCGGCUGGGCCGCAGCGGGUUCAAGAGCGCGGGUACCGACUUUAGCAGCGCCAAGACGGACGCCGAGUGGGAGGAGGUGCGGCUCAAGAAGCAGCUGGCCGAGCUGGACGAGAAGAUGGCCAAAGUGGAGGCCGGCGUCGAGCGCCGCAAGGGCGGCCAGCGCGACUCCAAGCCCGCGCUGGUCAAGAGGGAGCUGGAUCAGCUGCUGGAUUACAAGAGGAAGCAGCUGCGGGAGCUGGAGGAGGGCGGCGGCGCGGGCAAGGCCGGCGGGAACCUCAAGAGCGUGAGUGAGGAUUUGCAGACGGUGAAGGAGCAGGUUGAGGGGCUGGAAGGGCAUCUGCGGUCACGGCAGGAGGUGCUGGAGCAGUUGAGGAGGGAGAUCGAAGAUGAGAGGGCGGGGAGGUAACGGUUAGGUAGGUAGGACCGAGCACAAUCCGUGAGACGACGCUUGACCGAUAGAACUGCGCACACACAAAUGG